GAUUAAAAAGCCAGUGAUCAUGCGUCUCUGUCCAGGAGCCUUCAAAAGAUAGAAGAAGCUGUCAUUUGAACGUCAGCGGUACGUCAAAAAUCCAAAUACAAAAAAACCCAUGCGGACGUAAUCGGUAAAGAAACAGGCGGUUGCGUUUUAGACGAGAUGCCACCGAAAGCGAAGCCGGCGGCGCCCAGCAAAAAGACCGAACAGAAGAAGAAGGAAAAGGUCAUCGAGGACAAAACGUUCGGUCUGAAGAACAAGAAGGGCGCCAAGCAGCAAAAGUUCAUUCAACAAGUGGAGAAGCAGGUAAAAACUGGCGGGAUCCACCCGCUGAAAGAGACCACAAAGAAAACCGAGAAGGAACAAAAACUUAAGGAACAGAAGGAGCUGGCAAUGCUGUUCAAGCCGGUUCAGUCACAGAAGGUGGAGAAGGGCGCCGACCCCAAGUCAAUCGUAUGCGCGUUCUUCAAGCAGGGCCAGUGCGGCAAGGGAGACAAGUGCAAAUUCUCCCACGAUCUAACCAUCGAGAGGAAAGCGGAAAAACGGUCCCUGUACGUCGAUAUGAGGGACGACGAUGAAAAUGAUACCAUGGAAAACUGGGACGAGGACAAGCUGAAGGAGGUUAUUGAAAAGAAACACGGCAAAGCAGGCGGAAAACUCCCAACGACUGAAAUUAUUUGCAAACAUUUCUUAGAAGCGGUCGAAAAAUCCAAAUAUGGGUGGUUCUGGCAAUGCCCGGCCGGCGAAAAUUGCAUCUACAGGCAUGCCCUGCCGCCCGGGUUCGUCCUGAAACGGGACAAAAAGAAGGAUGACAAGAGGGAAGAAAUUUCGCUGGAGGAUUUGAUCGAGAAGGAGCGGGCCGCGUUGGGCCCCGCCCAAACGAAGGUCACUCUCGAGACGUUCCUCGCCUGGAAAAAGCGCAAAAUCCAGGAGAAACGGGACGCCGCCAAAAAGGAAGAGGACAAGAAGAGGAACGACUAUAAGGCGGGCAGGCAGGUUGGCCUCUCCGGAAGGGAAAUGUUUAGCUUUAACCCUGAGAUGGCGGCGCAAAACGACCUCGAAGAUGGGGAUGAGGCCUUCGAUUCCUCCAUGUACAAAGAAGAGGACGAGGAACAGAUCCAGUACAAGGAGAUCAACCUGGAUAUGCUCGGAAAUGAAGUUUCAGAGGUUGACGGAAGCGGUACCGUGGCGGGAGAAGAUCGAUUCGCGGAGAGGAACGGGGAAGCUGGUAGUUCGAACGAACCUGCUGUACCCAUCAAUGAAAACUUGUUUCUGGACGAAGAUCUGGACGGUUUGGAUGACGAGCUGAACGAUCUGGAUCUAGACGAUUAACGGAUCGAUCGGAUUUGCUAGUUUAAGUGUAAAUAGGCUACAUUACUAGUGUCGGCGGCGAUUUUUUAAAAAAUAAAGGUUAUUA